UCGCCUACCACAAACAUUUUGUGAGCUGCUGAGAAGGACAGAAAUUUUACAGAGUUGUUCCUCGAUUGCACAGUGAAGAAACUUCCCAGCUGGUUCCUUAGUGAAAAAUCGAUCGAUCCCCAAAAAAAGCGAAGUAACGAGUUGCGUGUCGAGCUGUGUUUUUGUGUCUGUUUUUCUGUUUCUGGGCGUGUGUGAGUACGCGUGCAGAUCCCCCGGGCUUCCGAGGCAAAAAUGGCAUACGAUGAGCGGAGUAAGUAACGCUGUACUUUCAGCUUGAAGCUGCUUUACCUGUGUUUUCUUGUCGACAGAGCUGAUAAAGAACAAAACCAAGUGUUUGUGAGAAUAAUGGAUAAGUUCGCCGCCUUCUCUUCCGUAGUCCUUGCAGUCUGCUUCUGUUUCUGUUUUCUAUCGGUUUGUCCUUCUUCUUUUCCUUUUGAGUUACGGCACAGAUGAAUUGUGAAACACGGAAAAACGGCCAAAGACGGAGCUUGCGCUGCCAAAAAGAAUCCGCGUACUCGGCCACAGUCGAUAGUAAUAUUUCGUUUUUAAAUUGUUAAUACCCGUUUGUUUCGUUACGUUAUCGAUAUCGAUGUUAGUCUGCGUUUUUAACAUAUUAGUGUAGUGGAGAGUGUGGAGUAGGCCACGACGCCGAUUCAGUCUCGAGAAACGCAAAAGACUGCAGGUUCAGCUGCAGGUGAUGUGAAGUGCGUGAAACUGACCUCCGGUAGUCUAACCGGUGUUACCCGAUUCCGUGUUAACUCGAGAAAAUGCAGCGAAUCCUGCAGCUAGUGCUUCCGUCCGUUCCGUUCUCAUUGGCCACCGGAGUGUGUGGUAAUUCGGGCACCGCAGCCCCACCGACCGUCGCAGCCGUCGUCUGUCCUUCUGUUCUGUACGGCGAAAGGUGAACGGGCGUUCGUGCGUGCGUGCAUGCGUGCGUGAGAGACUACGCCCUCCCCCUCGAUCGAAAUCCGUGUUACCGCGAGUGCAACGCUCAGUCAUCCGGUGUGUUCAGUGUUCGGUGCUCCCGGGUGUGUACGCAACCAGAGGUGAAACGGCCUCCGUGGCUUCGGAAAAACCAUCAACCACCCUCGCGGAGAAGAGCAAAUUUGGCAGCCGAAACGGAUGGGUGUGUGAGCGAUAGUGAGGAUUGCGUCCAACAACAGGCUCGGGCUUCGCACACUCCUCGUCACAUACUGGCGCGCCUCGUUCGAUAUUCAUGUGCGAUUGGAACGGCACAGCGUAAAGGAGGCAACGCAAACGACGCAGCGCGACUAAGAGGGAUACAACUCCUCGAUUCACGUGCCAAGGAAAGGGUGAAGUUGGUGCUUGCGUGACAGGCCGAGGAGACGGUGGACGAGGGAGAGAAGCGUUGCGACGGAACUAGCACCCCGUGCGGAUUACCGUGCGGUUAGAAAAAGGAUAAGAAACCAUGAGAACGAAACCGUUCCUCCUGCUCUUGACGUGCGUGGUAAUGACCACCUUUCUGCUGAUUCUGUUCGGUUCCGCCGGUCAGCAGAACGAAUCGUUGAAAAAUAUUGUCUCGCAGACGCACCAACAGUUUCGGAAUCUUAAGAAAAAUCUUCGCGAAUCAAACAGUGACCCCAGGCCAGAGAUUGAUCCGAAGUAUCUGGCUCAGCUUGGCUUCACGCAACCAAUCUACAAUGGCAGUCGGUCGAACUUUACGAUCGUUACGUACGCUCUGCCGGGUGAGCUAGCGUCGACCGUACUGUUCGUGCAGAAUGUCGCCAUGAAGCUGCCGAACCAAGCGCUGCUGGUGUACGAUCUGGGGCUGGCCGAGGCGGAUCUGCACACGCUGCAAGCGUUCUGCAACAGCUCGACCGUGCAUUGCACGGUGAUAACGUACGAUCUGAGCACACUGCCUGCCCACGUGUCUGACCACAGUAUGCACGCAUUUCGGCCAAUCAUCAUACACGAUGCCCUUGCCCGCGCGAAGGUGAUUCUGUUCACCGAGAACAACGUCCGACUGAAGGGGGGCCGGAAUGGGGCGCGCGACAUCGAGGAGAUACGCAUCCGCACCGAAAAUAGCACGUCCGGUGUACUGGGCUGUGCCACGAAGCAACCCGUAACUAGCCGGACGCAUCCGAAGAUGUUCGAGUACUUCGAGAUCGCAGUCGAUAACUUUUUCUUCCUGCCAAUGACGUCGCUCGAGUUUGUGUUCUUCCGGAACAGCCCAACGGUCAACGAGAAGGUGCUGCUGCCCUGGGUGCGCUGCGCCCUUACACUCGAGUGUCUCCACCCAAUAGGUGCUCAAUCCGGUGGCUGCAAGUACAACAAGAAACCGCUCUACCGGUACUCGGGCUGCCACGCAUACGAUGCCUGUGCGUUCAACAUCAUUCUGGGCAUGACGUUCGGUUACGACGAGAGUAACUACUCGAACCAGGAUCUGGCGAAUCUCUACUACCUGGAAACGCUCGAGCAGGCGACGAAAAUACUGGAAAAUCGGCGGAAAAACAUUAGCGACGCUUCGGGCGAGCACUCAUUCACGGAGGAUUAGGACAUAGGACAUAGGAAGGACAAAAACAGGAUUCAAGAAUCGGAAAAAACAGCGAACCUUGUUGGGAGAUUUGGAAACACCAAUCGUCCAAUGAACGAUUGUUUCCCCAUCAACUGCAACAGAAUUGCCGAGGUUCGCAUUUUUAAAGGUUGAUUUCUCAACCUGAUGCGUGCUAACAACGACUACUUGCGGACUUUUUGGUUUUGUUUUUCCUGUUUCACCCGUGCAUCGCCUUAUGCAACGAUAUAGUGAACGGAAGCGACAUUGCGCACCGCGGGUUUGUAUCCCGUGUUGGCUGUUUCAAUUUGUGUCAUCCAUUCUGGUCGAAACGCGUCGUCACUUAAGUGUGUCCGAUCGGAGGGCCAAUAUUAAUUUGAUUUCGAAUGCUGUUUGCUGGUUAGCCGGAUGUCGUAAAUCACUCAACUCGCUAUAUAAGGGUAAGGGUUACCACGGCGGUGCACAGACAUCCCGUCCCCAACGUUACGUUCCGUCGUUUUCGUGUUCAUUGGUCGUGUAGAAAUCAACUUAAAUGACAUCAUACUGCGCGCUUGUAAAUACCGAGUAAAGCGAGUACAACUGCACAUACUCUAUUUAGAGAUGAGACAUGUUAUGAAUUACUGCUGCACGUACACAACGUACAUAACACGCCGCCAGGGAAUCGCCCCUCCGUUCGCUCCAUUUAUAGAUUGUUGGAUCAUCUUCACUUGCGUUACGAGGGCAUAAUGCUGUUAUUAUAAUUUUUGAAUCUAGCUCCUUCCAGGUUCACGCUACCCUCUAUGCGCAGGUACUAUAAGCAGCUGUUUGGUUUGCUGGUGGCGGCAAGUUUGAUAAGUUACAAGAGAAGUAGCGGGGUAGAUAUUGUUCGAACAUAUCGAACCAAUUUUUUAGGUUUCAUUAGGUAGGAUGGGAUGGGCCGUGAACAACGGAAGGACAUGUGCGAUGAGCGUACGUACGUAACGGAUCAAACAAACUAUUAAAAAAAACGACCAAAAUCUUUAGAACCCUGUCGAGCGGACAGCAGCAGCAGCAGCAGAAAGAGGAAGAGGAGGCUAGCCGGCCGGUCGGCAAAGGGUUCGUUUAAAAUGUGAUCUAUCAAAUGGCCAAGGUUAGCGUUGUUAGGUCUUAAGCAAAGCAAGGACUGUGUCUCUAGCCAUCGCUAUUGUCGCUUCUCUUUACUCUGCCUUUAUUUCCCUAUCAUAAGAGCUGCAUAAAUGAUCUGACAGGAUCAUAUGAAUUAGUACGUCGUGCAUUCAGUUGGUCGCUUUUACAAUGUGUUAGCGAGGGAGAUAGAUGUAGGUGUUCUAACGGUAUCUCGGGGAUUCGAACGCACUCAAAGGCAAACAUAAUCGCAUAAAGGCAGCAGCGCAGAACAGUGUGGAUAAAAGAUGUAACACGCAACGUCGCGUUCAUUUAACUAAGUUGUGUUAGUAGAGUAAGGUUCCCUCAUCCCAACAUACCGACAAGUGAUAAUAUGUAAGGAGCUGCAUUCCUCCUGCGAACAAACUGCAAAAAUGCCCACAUCAGCCAAACAAACGAACUACCGUACCCAGCCCCUGCAUAGCACGGCAUAUAGGUUAUCUACCCUAGCGUGGAAGAAAUGAUUGCUGAACGAACAAACUGACCGGAUCAAGCUGUUAGCCCCCAUCCAUGGUUCCAGCACAAUUAGCUAUACGAAAAACCACUCAAUUGAAACUAGGUUUUUGCUUGCUUUUAGGUUAAGAAAUCAGUAUCGGAACACGCCCACCUCAUUACCUUCAAAAAACCGGAUUCCGCGGCUACCGCCAGAAUACACCGAUUAAUUGACAAUCAUUUUCGGCUACCAGGCCCCGGACUAGGUUGGCAGGUUGGUCGUCUUCAUUGUUUGUUUCGUGGCAAUUGGAGAAAUACUCAGUGACUCAUCGUAUAUAUACAAUCAUCCAUCACCUUAAAGACUAUGUUUAAAUAUGUAUGUAAAGAAGUGCUUGGUCGUUUGGGUAGAUGGUACGAAUCUUGCUACUAGCACAUGUUAACGGUUACUACGGUAAACGCCGCUUUGAUAGCACCGCUUAACUAUUUUAGUUUCCAACAUCAUUACUUAGCGUUCCCUUUUAUCGACAAUCACAAUGUAAGGAUGUUGCGUUGUACGUUAUCAGGUCGAGUUACGUUCGACGUUGGACAUACGAGAGUUUGUAGGCUUUUAGGUGCUUACCAUUCAAAGCAUUCGUUUUUGCCGAACACAACAGGGCGGUAUCGGGUUGCGUGUUAACCGCAGAGAUCGAUUGUUUCUGGGAUGACCUGCCCCAUACAACCAAUUCGCCAAUAAUCUAGUCAAGUUCGGAGACGCUUCUUUAAUGCUCGCUGUAUUCAUUCCCCAACAUCCCCGCUUUUUUGGGUGGGACGGGUUGCUAGCCCUAGGCGGCUUAUAGUCGCGGUCGCUGAGUCAGGUCCGCGACCACACGCCGACGGUUGACAGGUUUACCGAUUUCCUGUGAUAGCUCUAACUACUAAUAAACUAGCUUGAUCCAGCAUUUGGCGCCGUCCAGGCACGGUACGACUGGAGUGGCUCAAUGAGGGGGCUUCAGUCAGUACGAUCGGCACACUUACGUUCCUCCUUCCGUUUCAAUGUGGCCGACGUGUAGGUGUGUGCAUUUAUCAACCCAAUCGCAUGCACCAGAAUAAUGAUGAAUGAUUGCGAUGUUCGAAAAACCGGUGUUGUGCAAACGAUUAAGACCACGACCACCAACAAUUAAGGAUCUCGUGAUAAGGUCUCGUCUAGGUGGUAUCUAUAUAGUCUCGAUUUUGAGUUGAGAUUUUCCACAGCAAUCUUGCAAAACUCUACCUUACGUUGAGCAGAUUUUCGGCGAUUUAGAUAAAGAUGUUUCAGCAAAAGCAUAAAAGAAGAAGGCCGAAAGGCCAAUGGACCAGCAUGUAACGGAUGGUAUGAUGAUCACACCUCUGUGUAACCAAUACGAAACCAAACAGCGGAUGCAGUUGUAACUUCCAGAACAUUACAGGACUAGUGUUUAGGAGUGCGAUUAUGGAAAAUGAGCCUAUUACAUUCAUAACGUACCCAACCUCACUCACCCAUGCAAAUCAACAUAUCCUAGAGGGGCGAAAGUUAUGAUUCUCUAAGGCGAAGAGCGUUCGUUUCUUUCGUUGUUUUAGGAUCCGGCUCCAGCUUUAAUCGAAUUAUUUUUACAAAAGAGAGAAAGAAGCCGCGCAGUCAAAAAACAAAUAUCCUACUCAACGCAGAAACCAUCAAGGUUCGAGUAGAUAAACCCGCCAUCCAGGACGUGGUGAUGCUAGCUAGCAUGCAAUGCUUACUAGCUGCUGGAUGGAGAUUAAAAGGAAACACGGAAGUAAAGAAAGGGAUUCAUACAAAAUGCUAUGAGAUAUGCAUGCAAUGGUGGCAAAUUUAUUAUACAUUUAUGAUACAUCGCGAACGAACAUGAAAUGCAUGAUUACAAAUGCUAGCUGGGAAUUACAGUAAUAAUAUUAAUAAUACUAUUAACAAUAAUAAUAAUAUAGAGACAUAUUACUAAACGUAAACAACUAUUAAGCAAGAAGAAUCUCUACCAACAGUCUGGCGGAACGAUCAAGAGAGGAAUUCUUAACUUAACCGCAUACCGUACCGCGUUACAUUUAGCUGCCCACUAAGAGUAAUAAACGGAGAACACUGUAACCUUAAUUAACAUCACGAAUACUAGGAGAACCACACACCCUAUUAAGCGAAGGAGGGUUAGUGUUCGUCGAAAAACUGCGAACCGAGGUCGGAGUGACUCUUAAAAUUUAAAAAAGAAUUAGGAAUAAAUUUGGAGAACCGAGUCCGUUGCGGUGUUUGGCGUGUUAGCAAGCGUUUCAUCCAGUUUACUUCUCAUCUCGCAUGAGCCAAAAUUAAUUUUCGAAGAAGCAUCGUUACGAUCAACAAUUGAAAUCACAGAGAAAGUGCAUAAUCUGUUUUGCGAAACCUACGGUUAAGUUCGCUAUUGUUGGUAAUUAGGCAUUGAAACCCGGCAUCUGGAUUCUUUUCUAUUUUCCGCUGUAAUUGCUAUUGUUCUCGAAAGAGAAACACACAGCGGUCUGCGAAGCACACUUUGUUCGUUUUUUUGCUUUCACAUGUUCUGGGAUCCAGAACCAGCAAAAUGCGCUCCGAUAAUAAUUGAAAUUCAUCAUUUAAGAGAAAGAGAAGCUGAACGAGAUUGCAACGCAUGCCAUGCCAGCAGGACACACACCGAUUCGAGGAAGUGAAGGUAGUAGGGCAUAAGUAAAAAUCGAUCAAAACCAAUACUAGAGGGCAGAAGAUGCAAAACGAGUUAAGGCUACAGCUUUCCAUUAAUGUGCUGUUUUAAGCACAUGGCCACCGGUGGAAGUAUUGCGAAAUCCAAACCCCGGAACAUGGCCCUUUCCCCCUUCGCACACAGAGCAGCAGCAGCAGCAGUGGCAGCAGAAGAAGAAAGAGAACAGGCAUUGAACGGAACAGAGGGCACCUACAAUAUUCUGCGGAAAUGGGAAAAUGGAAUAAUUGGGGGUAUACGGGAGGCGCUAUUUAAUAAAAUUUAAUUACUAUUUCUCAAUCUCUCCCAUCUCUUUAUUCA